AAAAACAAAGGUAAACCCAUAUGCGGCACCCUCGGUAACAUGAAGCGGCGUGGAUCUAGAGGCCAACUAAAGUUAAUUAACUCUAUUGAACGUUAAAUCUCGGGCUAUGUCUGGUCGAUGUCGGCUUCAGCGCGAAUCUCCCUCCCACAUCUCUUCUUCUGGAUCUCAAGGCUGCGAGAGGUGCGUUUGCUCAAGCUGAUUUCCCUGAGGAGCAGCCAUGGCGGCAUGGCGACAUGCUGCAAGUGGUGACUGGCGCUCUUCGGCUUAGAGCAAUCAUCACAAGCGAAGGCUUCUCGAUCUAUUCUGGUUCCUCUCAAGCAUAGGUAGAAACCAAGAUUAAAAAAAGUUGGCCGGCAAGAGAUGACCGGAAUAAUGGUGAGCGCUUCUACAGGCGCAAUGAACUCCCUUCUGGGUAAGCUGACCACCCUCAUGGGGGAACAGUUCGCCAAGAUGAAGAACCUGCGGAAAGAGGUGAAGUACAUCCGUGAUGAGCUUGGCAGUAUGAAGGAUGCUCUCGGGAGACUUGCAGAUGUGGACGAGCCAGAUCCACAGACCAAGAGUUGGAGAAACACACUGCGGGAGUUGUCUUAUGACAUCGAGGACAUCAUCGAUGACUUCAUCCAAAACAUUGGGGAGAAAGACAAGAAAUCCGGGUUUGUCCGCAAGACGAUUCGACGUCUCAAAACUUCAAGGGCCCGUCACAGGAUUGCUGGACAGAUUGAAGAGAUCAAGAAACUUGUGCAUGAGACUAGUGAUCGCCACAGAAGAUAUGACCUUGAUAAGAUUAUCCCCCAAUCAAGUAAUGUUGUUGCCAUUGACCCACGAGUUAAAACACUCUAUGAAAAGGCGGCUAACCUUGUUGGCAUGGAGGGGCCAAAGAAUGAGCUUGUAGAUUGGCUAAUUGAUGAGGAGAAGCAGCUUAAGGUGGUAUCAGUUGUGGGGUUUGGAGGUCUAGGCAAAACAACACUUGCCAAUGUGGUAUACCAGAGGCUAAAGGGCGAUUUUGCCUAUGGUGCAUUUGUGCCGGUGUCCCAAACGCCAAACAUUCCAAAUCUUCUACGAAGUUUACUAUCCCAACUUGGUACACAGCCACCUAUUGAUGCUUGCGAUUCACAUCUUAUUGACAAACUAAGAGAAUGUCUGCAGACUAAGAGGUACUUGAUUAUAAUUGAUGAUCUAUGGGAUGUAUCAGCCUGGGAAUUUAUUAAAUGUGCAUUCCCAGAAAAUGAUCUUGCCAGCAGAGUAAUAGUAACUACAAGAAGUCUGCAAGUUGCUAGGGCGUGUUGCUCCCCUCACAAUGAGUACAUUUUACAAAUGAAACCCCUCAGCAACGAAGACUCAAGAAUGCUAUUUUUUGGCAGGAUAUUUGGCUCGGAGGACAUUUGCCCUUACCACCUUAGAGAUGUUUCAGUUGACAUCCUCAAAAAAUGUGGUGGCUUGCCUCUUGCAAUUAUUAGCAUAGCAGGCCUUCUAGCUAGUGAAGGUCCCAAAGAAGAGGAGUGGGAACAUGUACGGAAUUCUUUGGGCUCGAUGUCUGGAACAAAACUCACACUGAAUGGGAUGAGACAAAUCUUGAACCUCAGUUACAAACAUCUUCCAUCUCAUCUGAAGACUUGCCUGUUAUAUCUUGCUAUGUAUCCGGAGGACUACACGAUAGACAGGUCCGAUCUGGAACGUCAAUGGUUGGCGGAAGGUUUUAUUAGUAAAGAAACUGGACAAGAUGUGGAGAAAAAUGCAAGAACCUAUUUCAAUGAGCUUGUCAAUAGGAGCCUUGUUCAACCCGUAGAGUUUGAUUGUGAAGGUGCAGUGACAGAAUGCAAAGUACAUGAUAUGAUGCUGGAUCUUAUCUUGCUUAAAUGUAAAGAAGAGAAUUUUCUCAGUAUAGUGGACGGCUCAGAAGCCAUUACAGAAGAGGAAUACAAGGUUCGUCGGUUGUCUCUUCGUUUGAUUGAUUCAGAUAAUGGAAUAUUACCAGAAAAUAUUAGUUUGUCACAGGUUCGCUCCGUUAUGAUCUUUGGACCCUCUGGUAAAAUACCUCCUCUGUCAAAGUUCAAGUUCCUCCGAGUUCUUUUUGUCAAGAACCACAGUACAAUGGACCUCACUGGAAUGAAUGAACUGUAUCAGCUAAGAUAUGUAAUGACUGGUUAUGGUUUGCAGCUACCAAGACAGAUUAGAGGGCUCCAGCAAUUAGAAACACUUGAUACAAACAAUUCCAGUAUUCCAACUGAUAUAGUUCAUCUGCCACACUUGUCGCAUCUGGAUAUUGGAUAUCGAUGUAAGCUGCCUGAUGGGAUCGGAAACAUGAAAUCCCUGAGGUUUCUUAGGGUAUUUCAUUUGAAUUUUGAAACAAACUCACUAGAUAACUACAAGGGCCUUGGAGAGCUUACCAAUAUGAGAAAUCUAUCUCUCUCCGGCAAGUGCGGAGAUGAGGACGCCGGUGUAAGACGCAUGGAUGUUCUAUGCACUUCUUUGAGAAAACUUUGUAAGCUCGAGUCCCUGUACAUAGAUAGUAUACAAGGAUGCAUGGAUGGUUUGUCUCUUGCUCCCUGCAGCCUUCAGCGACUCCACUGCGGAACUUUUGAUUGGUGGGGCUGUUGGUUUUCCAGGGUCCCUAACUGGACGAGGCAACUUCAUAACCUCCGUGAGUUGCAAUUCCAAGUUGCCGAGCUGCUUGAUGAUGGUGUUGGUAUUCUUGGGGGGUUGCCCCACCUCGUCGACCUUGGUUUAUACGUCCGAAGAUCACCAAAACAAAUGAUUAUUAUCGAUGGAAGAGGAGCAUUCCCUGUUCUAAAGCAUUUUGACAUCGGCUUGAGCAGAGCUUCAUACCUGAUCUUCCAAUCUGGGGCGAUGCCUAUGGUCCAGAGGCUGGGGUUAACUUUCAAGAUGGAUGUACAGAAGCAGAACGGAGCCGGACCAGCCGGCAUCGAGCACUUGGCUGCACUGGAAGAGGUGUCUGCGAAUAUCACCGCGUGCUUCGUUGCUACGGAAUCUGAAAAGACUUGCGCUGAAUCUGCCUUCAGGAGUAUUGUCGACAGGCAUCCCGACAAUCCUCGCACUGUAGUCCGUUUUUACCCGUGGCAGUUUUUUAUGGGCGACUAAUUUCUGCUUCGACUCUGCUACUGAUUAACGUGAGAAAUGAACUAGCACAAUGGAAUGCUGUAAGCAGAUGUCUACCAAUAUAUACAAGUCACAGCAGAUGGAAAUGAAUUGUUAGAUGGACCGCUGCACGCAUCUUCGCUUCUUGUGCCCCCUGAUUCCAUUUACCCUUGGUGAACAUUCAAUUCAUCAUCUCACCGAGUUGCAUGAUCACCACGUUUUUGUUGUGCUUGUAAUAACGGUUGGUGCUGGGCAGGAGUUGGCACUGUGAUAGAUGGUUGCUUGCCCCUUCCUCCCAGCUUUUCCAGCCUCCGAAUUAUCUUGUUCAUUUAUUUUUGGUGUGCUUACUCUGUAUUGAACUGAACAUUCCUUGUUUGAAGAUUCAACUUGUUGAAAACACAAUUUAUUCGA